GUGUCGGCUGCGGGGCGGGGUCCGACCCGAACGGGCUUCUCUCGGCCGAGGCGCCUCGGGCUUCCCUGGGCUAGCAGGAGGCGGCGGAGGCGGGCGCUGGACACUGGACGCUGCCCAGCCUAUGGAGAAAGCCGCUGGAUUCUGAGACUGCGGCGCGCAGGAGGCGAGCUCGGCCCCGGGCUUGGUUGGCUGGGGUCAGCGUCUAGGGGCUGCACCGGGAGGCUACGCGGGUCCCCUCUGUCUCCGCCAUGGGGGACGUGCUGUCUACGCACCUGGACGACAGCCGGCGGCAAUACAUCUCAGAGAAAACUGGGAAGAUUCUGAAAGCUUUCUUCCAGUUCUAUGAAGACCAGUAUGGAGUCGCUCUCUUCAACAGCAUGCGCUAUGAGAUCGAAGGUACUGGGGGGCCACAGGCCCAGCUGCUCUGGCGAAAGGUGCCGUUGGACGAACGAGUCAUCUUCUCUGGGAACCUGUUUCAAUACCUGGAAGACAGCAAGAAGUGGAGGAAUCGCUUCAGUCUCGUGCCACACAACUAUGGGCUCGUCCUCUAUGAGAACAAAGCUGCCUAUGAGAGACAGAUCCCACCACGUGCCAUCAUCAACAGUGCAGGCUAUAAAAUCCUUACCUCAGUGGAUCACUAUCUGGAACUCGUCAGUAACUCUUUACCAGGGCCAGCCCCCAAAUCUGGUGCUGCUCCAAUUCUGAAGUGCCCUACCCAGUAUCCCCUGAUCCUCUGGCAUCCGUAUUCUCGACACUAUUACUUUUGUGUGAUGACAGAGCCUGAGCAGGAGAAGUGGCUGGCCGUGUUCCAGGACUGUGUCCGACACUGCAACAAUGGCAUUCCUGAGGAUUCCAAGGUGGAGGGCCCAGCGUUCACCGAUGCCAUCCGCAUGUACCGGCAGUCCAAGGAGCAGUACGGCACCUGGGAGAUGCUCUGCGGAAACGAGGUGCAGAUCUUGAGCAACCUAGUGAUGGAGGAGCUGGGACCUGAACUGAAGAGUGUGAUAAGUCCCCGAAUGAAAGGCAAACCCCAGGAGAGGCAAAGGCAGUGGAUACAGAUCUCCGAUGCUGUGUACAGGAUGGUCUACGAGCAGACCCAAGCCCACUUUGAGGCCGUGGCCGCCAAGUGUGAGAUGGCCCGGCCAGCCAUGGAAAGCACCAUCCGCACAGACAUGGACCAGAUUAUUACCUCCAAAGAGCACCUGGCCAGCAAAAUCCGAGCUUUUAUCCUCCCCAAAGCUGAGGUCUGUGUCCGAAACCACGUGCAGCCUUACAUCCCCUCCAUUCUGGAAGCCUUGAUGAUCCCCACCAGCCAAGGUUUCACUGAAGUUAGAGAUGUCUUCUUCAAAGAGGUUACAGACAUGAACCUGAAUGUCAUCAACGAGGGAGGGAUCGAUAAACUUGGAGAGUACAUGGAGAAGCUUUCCCAGCUGGCGUAUCAUCCAGUCAAGAUGCAAAGCUGUUAUGAGAAGAUGGACCAGCUGAAGCUUGAGGGGCUGCAGCAGCGGUUUGAUGUGUCCAGUGCCUCUGUAUUCAAACAGAGAGCCCAGAUCCACAUGCGGGAGCAAAUGGACAAUGCUGUCUACACCUUUGAGACGCUCCUACACCAGGAGCUAGGAAAGGGACCCACUAAAGAGGAGCUGUGCAAGUCCAUCCAGCGCAUCCUGGAGCGGGUGCUGAAGAAAUAUGACUAUGAUAGCAGUACAGUACGGAAGAAAUUCUUCCGGGAAGCCUUGUUGCAGAUCACCAUCCCAUUCCUGCUGAAGAAACUGGCCCCCACCUGCAAGUCGGAGCUCCCAAGGUUCCAGGAAUUGAUCUUUGAGGAUUUUGCCAGGUUCAUCCUGGUGGAGAACACAUACGAAGAGGUCGUGCUACAGACGGUCAUGAAGGAUAUCAUGCAGGCUGUGAAGGAGGCAGCCGUGCAGCGGAAGCACAAUCUCUACCGAGACAGCAUGGUGAUGCACAACAGCGACCCCAACCUCCACCUGCUGGCCGAGGGCGUCCCCAUUGACUGGGGGGAGGAGUACAGCAGCGGCAGCCCCGGGGAGACAGACCUGUCCGCGGAGAAGAGGCGGCGGGCGAAGCAGGUCGUGUCUGUGAUCCACGACGAGGAGGCCGGGCUGCCCUAUGAGCCGAGCCCGGAGGCGCUGUCCCCAGGUGUGCCGCCCCACCCCGCCUCCCCAGAAAGCGUCUCCGAGCUGCGGGGGCUGCUGGUGCAGGAGCUGCAGGUGGACAGCCCGCAGUCCCCUGCCGAGCCCCUCACCAACGGCACAUCCCCCAGAGAGAGCCCCCAGCCCCCGGAGCCCGAGAGCGAGAGGAGGCCCAGCCAACCAGCAUCUCCUCUCAACGCCCACCACGAGCCAGCGCCGAGCACCCCUGGCGGGGAGGCCGUCUCUCCUGCCAGUCCCCCCCACCGCCCCUGCCCCGAGGCAGCAGCGGACGGCGAUCACCCCAAGCCCAGUGACCAGGAGACCGGGGAAGAGGUGUCUGGCCAGGGCGGUCACCCCUAUGUGCAGACCACCACAGAGGACAGCACGGGUGUGCAGACUGAGUUUUAGGCCAGAGCCUCUCCUCCCACCCGUGGAUUCUGGAUUCUAGUCAGGUGUGUGCACGACGUGAAGCCCUAGCUACCCCAGCCCCCACCCCCCCAUCCCUCUGCCCCAGCAGUGGGCCCCCGCACUGCUGGUCCCCCGGAAUCUGACUGACUGCGGCAUGGAAGCCAGCCAGGCUGGGCAGGGGCAGGGGCAGGGGCUGUCCUCAGCAGUGUAGUAAACAUGUCUUGUUCAAGAACAGGGGUGAGGGGGAAAUGGGAGCCACCCUGCUGAGCAGCCCCCGUCAGGGCAGACGCCAGCACACGAUUCUUUUCAGAUUCCCCCGAGGUUCAUCCCUUCCCUCUGCCUUUCCAUGAACAUAGGUGUUUAUAUAUCAGUGCACACAUGUGAGAGAGGGCCUGCUCCCAUCAGUCAGGUUGGGGGGCAACUCGUAAGUGAAACACAAGCCUGGCUCGCCUCUCGGCCCCUUCACCAACCCCCACGUCCCUUUUUCUGUUAGAGAUUGAAAGGAAGGGAGGCAGGAGGCAGCGUCUGACCACGGCCUCAGACUCACCGUCAAGCUUUUCCCUUGUCUGCUGGGCAGGGGCAGGUGUGAGAGUCUGGGAAACUGGUGCCCCCAUUUUCCCCCUGGCAGUGAUCAGAUGAGGCUCUACCCCUCCUCAGCUCCGCCUGACGUCAUGCUGUCAGUCCCAUCCUAAAGGUUGCAGUUAAGCUGCCUUAUCUUCUGGCCCAUUCCUUCACACUAUAAAAGGCUUCCUUCCUUUCUCCUACUUCCUUUCUCUCCCAAAGGAGUAGGAGAGGAUCAAGAAAAAGAAGUUAGAGUGCUCUAGAAUCCACUGUUCUAGCACUAAGUGGGCCCUGACAGUGGAGGGGGGGGGGCUGCUGAUCUAGCUUCCGUGAGCACCGAGCCCCCCUCUUAAGCCUCUCCUCCGACCUCGAGUGUUUUCCCUCAGCACAGGAAGCCGCUGGUCUUUAACUGUUUCCAGCUGGAGGGACUGGCCACGAGUGAUGUCCUUAGUGUCCACUGCACUUCUAGGUGCAAUGAUAGCCAUGGCAACUGCUGUUUGAUGUGAAUCAGCUCCCCCGCCUGCCUCAUUGGGACCAGUGCUGCCAGGAGAUGAUGAUCUGUCAGGGAGCGAGCUCUGCUAACUCUGGGUACACACUCACACACACACUCACUCUCAUACACACACACACACACACAUACAUACACAGGGUAAGGAGGGACAGGCUCUGGCAGAGCUGUAUGUGGAGGGGGUCAGGAUGGACAGGGUAAGGACUUUCUAGUUCUGGGAGUUAGUUUUGUUGAAUCCAGUCUGAGGUGGGAGGGAGAAACGUUAUUCCCUUGGUCCAUUUUAAUGGAUCUUAAGGAAACCAAUAAUCCAUAAAAAUGUAUCAGGAGGAAACUGUAGGUCUAGGAUUGGGGGAGAGAGAUCAUCCAGUGUGAAUCCUAAAGAAAGGAGGGCUUUGGAUGUCUCCUCCCGAGGUGACUGUCAGUUGUCCUUGCAGUUGGGGCGGUGGUGGAAGUGGUGGGUUAACAUAUGACUUGGGAGGUUGGAAGUGUCAGGGUUUAAGUGUUAGAUGGGAGGAAGGGGUUUUGCCAGGGAGGCGAGAGGUGAGCUGGGAGUGCAUAGGCAGGCAGGCGUGUAAGGGUGUGAGCAGGAAUAGAGCCAGAAGGGAAUGCCGAGGGUCUGGCCUGUGGGAUCUCGGGAAAGGGCCCAGGUUGGGCCCGGGGAGCAGCUGCCCUGGAGGAAUAGCAAAGUGGCGAAGGCUGUGUGUAGGUGGGUCCCCUAUCUGGAGCGGGGGGGGGGGGAGAUUCUGGCUGCCCUAGACUAGGGAAGUAGAGGCAGACGUAAUCUGGAACUCCAAGAGGACGAAGCUGGAUUGUGAUGCUGGCAGAGUUAGGCAGUGAGGAAACAGUGCAGAAUCACUUGCCAUGUCUGCUCCCCUUGGUCACCAAGCUGCCUCGGCACCAUCCUCAUCCCAUUUUUGGAAUCAGGGGUUUUGUUUUACAUGUGAUCAGUUCUUUGGGGCUGUCUCUACAUUUCUUUCCCUUUCUCCACGCAUUCUUACUUCUUAUGGGGAAGAGGCCAUAGUCUCUCACCUUUAAAAAAAAAAAAAAAAUCAAAACAUUGGCCAUGAUCAAUUGCCCUUUUAAAAGAGGAAAGACCGAAGAGUUGGGCUCGGGUAGGGGGAUUGUCUGUGUUUCACCCACCCCAUACCCAGCUAAUCUGAAAAAAUGGUCCAUGCCUUCCCAAUACCCAGACCUCCCUCAUCCACACACACACAGACUUUGAGGAGCUGUAGAUUCUCUGACCACUACAGGGACCUGCUAAGUGCUUAUGGACGGAGCGUCCCAAGCUCCUGCCGAGACGCCUGCGUCUCAGGCCUGUGACUCGGAGGACCUCAUUAUCAGCUUUGGCCUGGCCCACAUACCGUGUCCUCAUGGGUGACCUUAGUCACCACGUCCGCUCAGUCCGAGUCUGCCUGGCUUUUUUAUACAUCAUUGUGUGUUACUUUUGGCACUGCAGUUGACUUCCAUUUUUAUCUGACCCUUAUUCCUGAAAAGUUACUCUGGAUUUGGGAAGAGUGAGAUCAUGGCCAGUCCUUUGUGAACAGUGCUAGAAUUCAUCUGUACUUGCAGACAGCUCCUGACCAGUGACCAGUGAUUUGAUCAUAUUUCCCUUCUAAUAGAGAAGAAAAUCGGGGGAGGAAAAGACUGGCUUCUUCAGGAUGUGGCUUGGAAGCAGGCCAGGGAAGGAAAUUCUCCUCCUCCCCCCCUUAGUCCCUCCCUUCCCUCCCCCAGACCCAUCACAUCCUGUGUUGGAGCAACCAGCUUCCUGAGACUGGGGGCAAGUAAGGGGCUGGUUCACGUUUCCAUCCUGGGCAAGCAUCUUGGGAACAUGGGGAGAAGCCAGAGGAUCCCUUCAAGGCAAUGCAAAGCCAUGUGGCCUAGUGAGUGCUGAAUGUAGGGUCCUGGAAUCAACUCUCUGGACAGCUGAUCCUUCUAAGCACACUAUGAAUCUAACCCGAUUCUUCUACAGACACAUUCCGUUUUUAGAAAUGCCUUGUAAACUUUGUUUUCCUUGUUCUAUCUGGGGGUCCAGCCUGAACCAUUCAGGACCCCCUUAAAGUGCCUUCCCUUGGGUUAUUUCCAAUCUGCCUCUUCAAGAUAUUAUAUUGAAAAUAUUAUACAAAAUGUUUAUGCUUGUACUAAAUAAAUGCUUUAUUUAAA